AUGCGACCGCCGGCCGGGGUCGAGGUCGAGGCCGCUGUCGCCUUUGACCGACCGGCUCUACGAUCCCGCAGUAAGUCUGGUGCGACGACUGCAACGGCAACGUCAGACCUCACGCCUAUUACCAACCCUGGACCGAACGGUACUAUGACUUUCUUCCUGCGAACUGAGGAGCAGAUGGAUCAGGAGCUAAAUCGGGGUGUUGUGGAGGAAGGGAAGGCGCUGGAUGAUACGUCUGGAGACGGGUGUGCUCGAGGAGCUUGCAGCAGUGGCACAAAAGACUCGAGAGGACAUUCUCCCAACAUCCUCGACUCCCCAGCUUCCCGGUCCACAAUACCAGACACGCCGAAAUCGCUGUCCAUGAAGUCCCUCCGCCUGUCCGACGAAGAUUCUGUGACGGACGAUACGACGAGCCAGGCGAUCAUGUCCAGUGACGAGGAAGAGGAAGAGGACAGGCGAUACAAUGGUCAUCACAACGGGGAGCGAUGUGGCAGUAUGCCUCAGCUUGUUAUGCCCAGCAUACAGAUGCCUAAACGACGGCCUUUCACGGCUCGGGGGAAAGAGAUGGGCCGGCUCAAGGUCCUUGUUGCCGGCUUCAGCGGGGUGGGAAAGACGGCGUUGAUAAGAUCGCUCGUGCAGUCGUGCGAGGACAUCGUCCACGUGGACCCACCCGUCGUAGCCUCACAUACUCGAACGGUAGAGGGCCGGAGGAAAAGUGGUGGGAGGAGGAAGAGCGUUGGAAACAUCGUCAUGGAAACGUACGCCAGUACCAAGACUUACCCAUCGUGGUGGUCGGAGUCGUUGGAGAAUCAUACGUUGCAACAGCGGAGGAAGAGUAUGAGUGAUUCCGUUCUGGAGCGAAACUUGUGUUUUAUCGAUACCCCAGGCCUUGACGCAGGGCCAGUGAACGAGAGGAGGGAAGGAAUAGUGAGGUGCGUGGAGGAUGCCUAUUUGAGGAAUGAAGGGACCGGUACGGCGGCGUCGGAUUCGGAGGUACUUGCGAUGCUGAGUGGGAGUGGAGGCACUCAGGUGGACCUGGUACUCUUCGUAUUCUCACAUCAUCAUGACAUUGAAACCCAAGUCCAGGAGUUCCUGCGUCUCUCAGAAAUUACGAAUGUCCUUCCGCUGAUCGGGCACGCGGACGAACUCGACAUGACUGCGAUGAAAGAGCUCAAGGACAGGCUCAUGGCCUGUCUCGUAUCCCGUGGCCAACCUCCAUUACGGUUUAUCAAGACCGCUAAGGAUAUUGCCAAUCGACCAAAGGCACGAACCAAUACUGUCACCGAGACCACUGCAUGUCUGGAUCAGAGUGCGGAGCAGACUGGGUACACUGACUCAAACGCGCCAUUCGCCAUAUCAUGCAAGACUGCUCCCGACACCGAAAACAUGGACGCCUCGCUUCUCAUGUCCUCUGACUACAUCCAACCCCUUCUUCAAUCCGACCUCUCAUCUCUUGCCAUGCAGCUCUUUGAUCCUGAGAACAUGGCCUGGCUCCGACAUCUAUCCGCCAAGAGGUACAUUUCAUGGCAUAAAGCGUAUGUCAAAUUGGCACAAUCCAAGAUACCUUCUACCGGCAUAUCAUCACCCGAUUCCUCGCCUCAUACCAUACAUACACCGUUUUCAGCUCUCGGUGCCUGCCAGACAUCAGCGGCAUCGUCACUCCUAUCAUCGCCUCGAGCUUCCGAGGUCCUUGUUCCAUGCGGCACAUCGCCGUUUUACUCGUACCCGGGUUCCAUACAUUCCGACAACCUUCCAUCUCCACUAACCAAUACCUUUGCUCUCACACGCUUCAGCCAACACACCGCCGCGGAAGAGGAACGCCUGUCCCGGAUAUCCAUGGCCAAGUGGGCCACCGACCUCCAACGCUCGCUCCGCAACGAACGCGAACGCUUUAAUUUCUUCGAGCACGGCAAGCGCACCAGAUGGCAUCUCGAAGAGGUACGCAACGGCCGCGUCAUGCCCACCGCGCUGACCGGUCGCCCCACUUCAUCCUCAGCAUCCUCACCUCCGCGCGAGGGCUCGUACGCGAAGAGUCUGCCUCUGCCAAAGGACGCCGAAUGGGCCGUCGUGAGGCAUGGCGGAGGCGCUGGUGGUCUGAGCGGGAGGGAUGUCAACUGGGCUGGUGUCAGCGUUGAUCCCAGAGAUCCCCUGGGGCUUUGUGAUGUUGGGGAUGGGGUUGUGAGAGGGGGCAUGGUGGUUUUUGGCGUGGGCGUUGUUGGUGCGGAACAAUCCGAGGAACGAUUCGAGGAACGAUUCGAGGAACGAUUCGAAGAACGAUUCGAGGAACAACUCGACAAUUCGAAGCUCAAAGCUCAAAGCUCAAGGCUCAAGUUUCAAGGCUCGAGUGUCAAGUUUCAUGCUUCGAGGCUCAAGGUUCGAGGCUCAGGUUUCAAGUGA